AUGACUACUAGAUCACUCGUCAGACCCCUUCAAUUCAACUAUGACCAUCAACAAUUACACAGACUUCUAGUUGUAUUAACUACAUUCAUUGCUCUAGACUAUAUAAUACUAAAGAAGCUAUUCUUUGAGACUUCAUUGAAGCAUUAGAUAAUGAUGAAUGAGGAGUAUUACUCGAGGGUCUUAGAGAUAUUCUUCGAAUUUAUAAGUAUUCUUGGAGAUGGUGCUGGUGUUGCCAUAUACUUGUCAUUUGCUGCUUGCACCUUAUCUCGUGAAAAUUUCUUCAUAUGUUUGAUGACCUAGGGGAUCGGCUGUGGUUUGGUAACAAUACUUAAGAGUGCAAACAAUGAACCUAGACCUUACUUCUUGGUCGAAAAUCUAAACCCGAGGAAGUGCUCACUAGAACAUGGCGAUCCCUCGGCGCAUGCUUUUAUCAGUACAGCUUUGCUGGGAUCUAUUCUUAAUAGACUAAUAUUGUAAUACCAUUUGAAGCAUCCAAGGUUUUUGUGGUCUAUUUAUGUUGCAUUUGUAACUCUCAUUGGAAUGUCUAGAAUAUAUAAUGGUUAUCACACCUACAACCAAGUGCUCUCAGGUUUUAUCUGGGGUGCUUCACUAUACUACUUUACUUGCAAGAUUAUUGCUGAUUAUCUUAUUAAAUUCGUGAGAAACUUCCGAUUCCUUCACAAGAAUGUACUACUGUGGAAUCCUCUCACUUAGUUCUUUGUCUAUGGUUACUUGAUUCAGACUUUGCUUUACUUCUACAACGUCAAUUAUAGACCAACACCUGAAUCUUGGUAUGCUAUCACGAAAAAGAAUUGCCCCAAUAGACUUAUUCACAUUGAUCCAGAAUUAUCUGAUUUUGAGAAAUUUAGCACGUCAUCAACUAUCCUCGGAGCCAUCCUGGGUUUAUAUAUUGAGAAUAAUUAUUUACCGACAAAGGAUAUGCUUGAUCACUUCAAGGUACCAUUGAUUAAAAGUGCUUUUGCCCUUGCAGUUACCUUAAUUGGCAUGCUUUUGAGUGUAUCAAUUAGUUUUGUGGUUUCACACAAUCAUCCUUUUAUUCUGGUUUUGCUAUGUAAAAGUUUCUUGCCAUGCUUUGGUGCUGGUCUUUAUCUAAUGGGAUUCAGUCGUUAUGUCUUAUUUUGGUUUGGUCUAAUAAACACAAAGAAGAUUUAUCUAGAUUAUAAUAAAGAUGUGAAUAAGGAUGAAUGA